GGACAGAAGAAGUCACUUGCGGACAAUUUUGAGUAUGUUAUGCAUGGGAAACUAUAUAAAAUCUCAGAAGAAAGUGCUGCUGGAGGGACCAAUGUGAAAGUAGAGAUAUAUGUCUCAUUUGGUGGCCUUUUGAUGCUGCUGAAGGGGGAUCCUUCAAAUGCUGCUAAUUUCGAGCUGGAUCAGAGGCUCUUCCUGCUGAUGAGGAAAGUCUAGAAGGAGCUAAGCUGGUACACUUUAGCUACGCUCUGUAAGUGUGUGCGUAAUUCGCUUAAAAUCUAAAAAAAAUGGUUCUGUUAGUAUAGAGAACUACCAAAUUAAGAAAAGAGAUGAGAGCAGUAACAUUUUAGACUGUUUUAUGCUGCUUGAAAUCGCUAAGUUAUGACUUCAAUUUCUCUACUUUGAUUCUGCGCUGAGUUUAUUUUUGAAUUAUUUUUU